AUGCCUUGGGACCCAGACAAAGCGCCCGGGCCUUCGAGGCUCAAGAGGACCGCACAGCCACCCGUUCCACUCAAUCUUGGUCCACCUGUCCGGACGCUCAAGUCCAUCGUAGAGAAUUCGACCAAGGCUAUAGCCCCUGAUGGCACCAAGAUCAACCCUGUGCCUUUCCUUUUGUCGUACAAAGACGUUCAACUCUGCUCCGCCGAGUUCCGCCACAGCCCUUCCACCACCGACGAGGCGUAUGCCAUUGCGUCGACGAGCAACAUCCGUCACUGUGUCUGUCCAGUCUGUGCUCCACUCAUUGCUGCGCAGGUGGUAUUCUAUUACGCCCGCCGACGCUACCGCACUGAUUGCGAGGCUGCAAUGCAAAAGUACACCUUUGAAUAUGACCGGCUGAAUCAGACGCUGCAACAGGCCAAACAUACUCUGGACGUAGUCACGGCAGAUGUCAGGAUGAAGCAGGCUGUAUUCUACAGGAAUCUCACCCUCCAGGAAAAGAAUUCCUCGGGUAGUGGCAACGAGAACGACACUUCUCAGAGACAGGGUGUGAGAUGGAACGAGGUUACAUGCGGAACUGGAGACCACCUUCCUCAUUCCUUGCAGAACGAUGAACGGAAGCAGUAUCAUCAUGAGCAUAUGAAAGGCUCCAUUGGUUGCAGUAGCAAGACACAUGUGCCCUUGCCUUCAGCGCCCUGUGGCCACACACCUUCCCAUCCCCUCGACACGAGCGGCUACGGCAUUGCUUUCUGCGACUUUUACCACAGGGACCAGGAGACCGGGGAGAAGGACGAACAAUGCGACUGCAAAGAGCACAAAGAUGCCCUAGGCCUGGAUGCCGUUACCGACGAGCUCACCCCUCUGCCCCCUCAACCCGCAGCACCCAUCGCCGCCGCCCUCUUGAUCGCGGCCUUGACCUUCAGCACCCCGGGUCCCCUAGAUAUCAAAGACGACAGCGGACUCCAAGGAUACCUCGACGUCUACCAGUGCUUACACAAUCUGCCCAAGGACCCUAGCAUACCCUGUGCUCACAUCAACGAGUUCGUCACGGCUUACUCACCCGAUGCCCACAUGUGCCUGCCGUGCGCCAGGCUUGUUUCCGCCAGGCGCGCUUUGUUUGCUGCCAAACAGGCCAUGUACGAAGUCGAGCAGAGCAAUGUUACCGGAACAGAGCUCGAAGUGGAGAGUGUAUUCACGACGCGGAAGCAGGCGGAGCAGCUUGUUCAGUGGCGCGAGGAGGCGCACGAUGCCAUGACUGCCGUUGCGCGGGCUGAUCAUUUCGUCUGCAACGAGAUUGAGAGUUUCAUUGUGUUCGGCAAGGAGUAG